AUUUUUGAUCCACCCAAUCAAUAACAUAUUUGCAGUUUUAAGUUUUAAAAAUAUUUUAAAAUCUUAAAUAAAUUAUGCUAUUUGUAAUCGGACUUGGACUAGGUGAUGUUACUGAUAUCACCGUUAAGGGUUUAGAACUAGUGAGGAGCUGUAACAUAAUAUAUUUAGAAUCUUAUACUUCAAUAUUACCAUGUGGAAUAGAGGAAAUGGAAAAAUUUUACGGAAAAGCGAUAGUAAUAGCUGAUCGGGAAUUUAUUGAACAAAGAGCUGAUGAAAUGUUAUCUCAAGCCAAACAUUUAAACGUUGCAUUUCUGGUCGUAGGAGAUCCUUUCGGCGCAACAACUCAUACUGAUUUGAUAAUGCGAGCCAAAGAUAAAGAGGUCAAUGUUAAAAUUGUUCAUAAUUCAUCUAUCAUGAGUGCUGUUGGUUGUUGUGGACUUCAACUUUACCAUUUCGGUGAAACAGUUUCUAUUCCAUUUUGGAGUGAAACUUGGAAGCCUGAUAGUUUCUAUGAUAAGAUUAAAAGAAAUCGACAAAAUGGAUUACAUACGUUAUGUCUCUUGGACAUUAAAGUCAAAGAACCAACCAUAGAAUCCUUAACAAAAAAAACUCUUGAGUAUCUUCCCCCAAAAUUUAUGAGUGUUACCGAUGCGGCAGAUCAACUUCUGAGUAUUAUAAGAGAUAAGGUUGAAUCUGGAGAAGCCGAUUUAGCUUUUAAUGAAAACACACUUUUCGUAGGUCUUGCUAGAGUUGGACAUGACAGUCAGAAAAUCAGAGCAUGUUCCUUGAUCAAAAUGAAGGAAUGUGAUCUGGGUUCUCCACUUCAUUCACUCGUUCUGCCAGCGGAAAACCUUCAUCCUAUAGAGAAAGAAUAUUUACAGCAAUUCUCUGAAAACCAGCUGUGAUAUAUCAAUAAAUUUUUCGUACAAUGCAUUGUUAAAAACAUAAAUAUAUUUUUUUAUUCUAAAUGAUUACUUGACAGAAGAUUUUGUAAGACUUUUUACAGCAAUUCUAUAUUUUUGUGACCUUUUUCACCUGUUCUUUUUUACAUCAAUAAAAUAUACCUAAAAUAUGUAAAUAACCUCAAUUCAGAUAAAGUAAAAAAUUUAACCGGUUCACAUGCAUACUUUUGUUUACGAACAA